AUGACAUUUGAGGCCAGAAAAUGCAGAGACAAUGUCCAGACAUCUUUCGGGAUAGAAGAAGACCUUCAGCACCAUGACAGGACAUUAUUAAGUCAUCUGCAAAACACAAGUGGAUGUGUUCUGGUGUUGUCUCUCCUUUGUCUUGGAAAUCUUGAAUACGGCGAGAAGGAAAAGAAAAUCUGUGAAUUGGCCACCGAGUUGGACAGCACAAAUCAGCGAUGUGAAGUGUAUCGGGCAAAUCUGCUGGCAGUUUUGAGAGAUAUGGAGGACCAGAAGUUGAAGCUAUCAGUUAAAGUUCAGAAUGCAAGGCUUAGCUUGAAAGAAUGA